UUGCAGUUAUCGAGGUAUUUCAUUAUGUGGUGGACUGUAUGUUUUGCUGACCAGUGCAAAUUAGCAUCAACAACCACAAACACUGGAAUGUCUUGGGUCAGUCUCUGUUCUGAAUAAAGGGUGGUGUGUCUCAUCAAAAAGAUUCGAAAAUCGCAGCAAUUUAACAAAUUUAGAAGAAAUGAGUGCCUCACAUCCCCCAUACCCUCCUGUCAACUAUCAACAAAUGGCUUCUGCAGCACCAGGCUCCUCUUAUCCACCACCAGGAUACCACCAAUACCCAGCUCAACCCCCACAGCAGGAAAUCGCAAGGCCUGUCUCUCAAGUAGAACUGCAUGUAUCUUGCAGGGAUCUACUUGAUAUGGAUACAUUCUCAAAAUCUGAUCCACUUGUGGUUAUGUACAUUUUGGAUAAAACAUCUAAAAACUGGAGAGAGUAUGGACGAACAGAAGUGAUAAUGAACACAUUAAAUCCAGAUUUUGUAAAAGCGUUUGUGAUCGAUUACUACUUUGAAGAAGUCCAGAAACUACGAUUUGAAGUAUAUGAUGUUGAUUCUGAAUCUUCAAAUCUGAAAAGCCAUGAUUUCAUCGGACACGCCGAGUGCACACUUGGCUCGAUAUUUGGAGAAAGCGGAGGACGCUUGCAGACGAAAUUAAACAAUCCAAAGCAUGCGAAGUGUGGCUUUAUCAUUGUUUCUGCCGAGGAGCUUCGAUCGUGCAAGGACAUUGUGAAUUUGCAGUUUUGUGGUCGUAAAUUGGAUAAAAAGGACUUCUUUGGCAAAUCCGAUCCAUUCUUAACGAUAUCAAGAUGCAAUGAAGAUGGAAGCUUUUCAGUUGUACAUCGAACAAACGUGAUCAAGAGUACCUUAAACCCAACCUGGUCACCUUUUAGAAUUGCCUCAAGAACGCUCUGUAAUGGAGAUGAUGUCAGCAGGACACUACUUAUUGAGUGCUAUGAUUGGAAUAAUAAUGGAAGCCAUUCUUUAAUUGGAAAAUUCGAAACAUCACUAAGCCAACUGGCUAACUUUCGCACAGGAAAAACAUCUUACGAGCUAAUAAAUCCGAAAUAUAAAGCAAAGAAGAAGAGUUACAAGAAUUCAGGAUUGAUAAACGUCAUUGACUGUAGAAUAGAGCAAAGACAUUCAUUCUUGGACUUCAUUAAGGGAGGGACAGAGUUGUGCUUUGCUGUUGCAAUUGACUUCACAGCAUCAAAUGGGGCACCUAGCAAUCCGUCGUCUCUUCAUUAUAUCAAUCCAUAUACGCCAAACCAAUACGUGCAGGCAUUGAAUUCCGUUGGUGCCAUCAUCCAGGAUUAUGACUCUGACAAGCUGUUUCCUGCAUUUGGAUUUGGUGCGCAAAUUCCUCCAAAUUUCCACGUUUCACAUGAAUUUGCUUUGAAUUUCAAUCCCGGGAAUCCGAACUGUCCAGGUGUCGAUGGCAUCGUUGCUGCUUACUAUAACAGUAUCCACAACUGCAGAUUAUACGGCCCGACCAACUUUGCUCCAGUUAUCAAUAGCACUGCAAGGAUUGCAGAGAUGAGUGCGAGAAACAAACCAGGGUCUCAGUACUACAUUCUCCUCAUUAUCACUGACGGAAUAAUCACUGACAUGGAAAGGACCAAAGACGCAAUUGUCAAGGCAGCCUUGCUACCAAUGUCGAUAAUCAUCGUCGGUGUCGGGUCGGAUGCAUUUGAAGCAAUGGAAGAACUUGAUGGGGAUGAGGUUCGGCUUUCUGCAAAUGGCGUCAGUGCUGCUCGCGAUAUAGUUCAAUUUGUGCCAUUUCGAGACUAUUUAGGAAGAGACAACCAAUAUGAUACAAGUAGUGGUGAACGGCUGGCCAAAGACGUCUUAGCAGAGCUCCCUGGGCAAGUUGAGGAAUAUAUGACCAUGAACAAAAUUAUCCCAAAGAAAACUGGGGAAUCGUAGCCAUUUCUAUUUUUGUAGCUAGAAUUUAUUUUGCACACUCAUAUACGGUAUAAUCACGCAAAACUUUUGCAUUCGUUAUUAAAAACUAUGUAAUGGGUAUUUUCUGUAACGGGUUAUAAUAGCAUUACAAAUAUAUUGGAUAUUUACACUACAGUAAUCUGAAUUCGGUUGUUAAAGGGUUGUAUCUUUAAAAGUAAUCUAAGGGCUGUAUUCUUAAAGACAAAUAAUGUAACGUAGCUGGAAUAGCUUGCAAAAUCUUCCCGUGUAAGUUAACGUCUGGUAGAGACAUCAAAGCAGGACUUUCCAGAUGAGCUUACCCUAUACUUAAGGAUGACCUUAUGUCAACAUUUGGAAUAAUAUGCUCCCAAAUUGCACUUAACGUACAUCCUUGAAGUAGGAGGACUUAUGGUCUUGUAAAAGAACAAGUUAUUUGUCGACAAACUUUCCCGAAACUUACCACAAAAAUUGUGGACUUCAUCACCCUAAAAUCCACAAUCAUAAACAUACCUGUAGAAAAAAAGACCUAAAUACUUGAUAUGCAGUAAAAAAAUAUAGUGCAACUUUCCACCCCAUCUCGCCAUUCAGAGUUUUUCGGGGGAUUGGAGAGAUCUCACAACUAUGCUGGGGAGAGGGUGAAAAACCCAACACUUUGUCUCUAGGAUUCCGGAUGGUUCCUAUCCCAUGGCAUUAUAUGAAGUGGGCUUAUUUAUGCGUUUUAUGUAGAUGCUUUUUAAUAAAAAGUAAUAAACAUACAUCUAAUUUCAUAAACUUAUACUGCAAUUCAAUAUUUUUGGAAAAAGAUAAUGGCUGGUUGUUAUUGUUGCUUAAAUGUGUAGCAAUUGUAGCCUGUAAACUAUAUGAUAAAAAAGUCACUUAUUUUCGAUCGUAA